GCUUUUUGGGUACAGCAAGUUAUUUUGUAUUGGUCACCAACGAAGAUCUACUCGCUUCAACUCAAACACAGUAAAUGGGUAAUUUAAAUAUCCAAUCAGAAUAAAAAAGAAAUUGGGGGAAAUGUAAAUAAAAAUUGAAUUCAGGACAAGAACCCGGGAGUGAAGACUGGAUCCGUAAAUCAGCUUGAGUAAAUUUGUUAGUAGGUAGGUGCGAUGAUAAUAGUAGGUGUGGUUUUGAAAUUCCCCCUAUUUCAUGAUCUCUCUCACUGGUCGUUCUUGCCCUCCUUUCCCUCUUCAAGGUAGCGCUUAAAGCUUAUAAUCAUGAACACAAUUGGAGAAAGAAUGACAAAGCGAGAGAGCUUUGAUGAUGACCAGGAAAGUUUAUUGAAGAGCGAUAAUAGUGGAACAGAUGAUGACCCUAAGAUUAACUACAGAGGGUGGAAGGUCAUGCCCUUCAUUAUAGGAAAUGAGAUUUUUGAGAAGCUAGGAGCCAUUGGCACUUUAUCCAAUCUCUUGGUGUAUCUUACUACUGUGUUCAACUUGGAAAACAUCACGGCUACAAAUAUUAUCAACAUCUUCAAUGGCAGCACCAACUUUGCUACAUUAGUAGGAGCUUUUCUGUCUGAUGCCUUUUUUGGUCGCUACAAGAUAUUGGCAUUCUGCACAAUGGCUUCCUUUGUGGGUUUAUUUGCAAUCCAACUGACAGCGGCGGUAGAGAAGCUACAUCCACCUCAGUGUGAAGAGUCCCCCACAUGUCAAGGACCAACAGAGGGGCAAAUGACAUUUCUUAAGUCUGGUUUAGGUUUAUUGAUGAUAGGAGCUGCAGGGAUUCGACCAUGUAACUUAGCAUUUGGUGCUGAUCAGUUUAAUCCUAACACGGAUUCUGGGAAAAAGGGGAUCACUAGCUUCUUCAAUUGGUACUUUUUCACUUUCACUGUUGCUCAGAUGAUAUCCUUAACAAUUAUUGUCUAUAUACAGUCAAAUGUAAGUUGGGCAGUGGGUCUUGGAAUUCCUGCUGCUUUGAUGUUUGUAUCUUCUAUAAUCUUCUUCAUGGGGUCCAAAAUGUAUGUGAAAGUUAAACCAAGUGGUAGCCCUAUAACUAGUAUAGUGCAAGUUAUAGUGGUUGCAGCAAAGAAAAGGAGGCUGAAGCUCCCGGAAUAUCUAUAUCCUUCCCUCUUCAAUUAUGUGGCUCCCAAGUCAAUGAAUUCUAAACUUCCCUAUACAUAUCAAUUCAGGUUCCUUGACAAAGCGGCAAUCGUGACUCCCCAAGAUCAAAUAAACCCCAAUGGAUCUGCUACUGAUCCCUGGAAUCUUUGCAGUAUGCAGCAAGUGGAAGAGGUUAAAUGCUUGUUGAGAGUGUUACCCAUAUGGGUUUCAGGCAUUAUAUACUUUGUUGUAAUUGUCCAACAGCACACCAUUUUAGUGUUCCAAGCCCUUCUAUCUGACAGGCGCAUUGGGCAAAGCGAGUUCUUGAUCCCAGGAGCAUCCUACUACGUCUUUUUGAUGAUUACUGUGGCAAUUUGGUUACCCAUCUAUGACCGAAAAGUAGUGCCCUUACUCCAAAGGCUCACUGGAAAAGAGGGCGGCAUCACACUCCUUCAGAGAAUGGGUUUUGGAAUAUUUUUCGCUAUACUCAGCAUGGUAGUAUCUGCUAGGGUUGAGCAGCACCGUAGAACCCUAGCUUUGAUUAAUCCUCUAGGAGUAACAAUAAGAAAAGGUGCAAUCUCAUCAAUGUCAGGUCUGUGGUUGAUUCCUCAGCUGAUAUUAGCUGGAUUGGCGGAAUCAUUCAUGACUGUUGCACAAGUUGAGUUUUACUACAAACAAUUUCCUGAGAACAUGAGAAGCAUUGCAGGUUCUCUUUACUACUGUGGACAUGCAGGGUCAAGUUAUUUGAGUAGUGUGCUUAUUUCAAUUAUCCACCAAGUCACUGCCAAAUCUGAAACUGGGAAUUGGUUACCGGAGGAUCUUAACAAGGGUAGAUUGGAUAAGUUCUAUUUCCUCAUUGCUGCUUUUGAAAUUCUUAAUUUAGGUUACUUUGUGUUAUGUGCAAGGUGGUUUAGGUACAAGGGCACGAGCGGCAGUUCUGUCGAACUCGAAAAAGUGACAAGACAAUCGGAAAAAAGUGGUAAUGGUCUUAAUGAUUCGAGUCUAUAGCUACUGUGUAGAAAUAGGCUACUACAACUUUUCAUCGAGUGGAACCACAACUAGCAACGGUUAAAAUCAAGAUUGAGUAUAGUAACAAAUAUGCAGU